GUUACACCGCAUCAGAUCGUACAAUCCUACAGAACGAAUAACAAUUUUCUCAGGUUACAUGAAACAUAGAAGUAUCUGAAGAUAUCCCAGUUCCCAUCAGAGAAACAAUGGAUUGCAACGGAACUUCAUAUAUUAGCAACUUUACUAACAAUACUGACUUCUGUCCAGAUAACAAAGGUACAACCGAAUGGGAAUUAUGUGUUUACACUUUAUUCGCUCCACGAGCAAUACUGAUAGAUAGAGUUGUUUCUCCUUUUUGGUAUUGCAUUGGUUUUCUCGGAAAUAUCUUAACAAUCCAUAUUUGGUCAAACAGAAGGCUUAAAAGACUAAAUACAUCUUCGCUGUAUUUAUCUGUUCUUGCUAUAACUGACACUAUGAUGUUGACAUUGCAUAUGUUAAUGGAGCUGGAAUAUGCCUGGGGAAAACCAACAUUAAGAUAUCCUGUGUGGUGUACAAUUUUCUUUGUGUUGUUUUAUUUUUCUCAGUAUAUGAGUCCUCUGUUAGUGUUUGGAUUUACCUGUGAGAGAUUGGUAUCAAUAAUUAGACCUUUUAAAAGUGAGAGGUUUUCAAGACAUUCCAGAGCACCGAAAGAGGUAGCUUGUUUAACAGCAUUUGCUCUGAUCAUAUCACUCGGACAAAUAACAGGAUGGACUGUAGAAAAUGGUGAAAUAAAACCAAUGUAUAUAACAUUUUAUGAAACCUGGUCUUAUAUUACGGAAAUUGUAAUUUUCAUUGUUAUACCAGUGGUCACUUUGGUCUUCAACAUACUGGUAAUGAAAACCGCAAGGGAAGCCACAAAAUUCAGACGGGAAUCAGCGCCAAUAUCCAAACGCUCUAUUUCAAACGAUGGACAAAUGUUACAUCGAAAAACUGCUUCUAAGAUACUACCGACCACCCUGACACUCAUGGCUGUGUCUUUUUACAGAAUAUUUACAACAGCACCAAUCACUAUAAUAUAUUUAUUUCAAUAUCAAGUGUUUCCAUAUGGUGAUCCCUGUUUAACAACGAGUGGAAUAGCUGUAGAUCCAGUUUGGCAGAAAUAUCUACACUGGCUUGUUUUUAAGAAAAUUCUAGAUGAGGUUGGAAUUUCCCAGUACUCUUGUAAUAUCUUCAUAUAUAUUGUUACUGCUCGGCAUUUUCGAUCAGAAUUGUUGAGAUUACUGUGUUCUAGACUACCAUGUGCUGACAAUGAGUCUAUGAGAAAAGAAUUUAUGAUGCUCAACCAGAGUAAUGGAGUCUCAAUGACACGACCUACAGAUGGUUCACUUGUAUAAUCUUAAAUGUGCUCAUUAUCUACGGGUUUAACUGUUUAUCGCUUCGAAAAAAACGUUUCAAUUAAAUUUCUUGUAAAAGUGAAUGAAGAUAUCAAUUACUUGACUAUU